CGCGGCAAUGAACCUGUAAGAUAGAAUGAGGGUAGCUGAAUGUUUUCGUUUAUCAGUUACGCGUAACUCUGCACGUUUUAUUCUAGAAUUCGUCUUGUUCAGUUCCCUGUCCGCGAAAAUGAAUCGGAUUAUGUUGAAUUUUUUGAAAAAAGGAUCCGAUGGUGAAGGACCAACGAGUUCAAAAACAUUGCCUUCCAUAUCUAAAGCUAAGACCGUAGAAAUAUCAGAACAUGAAGACAAUAUUUCUUCGAACGACGAUGCGAACGAAUCAGUUGUUAAUGUUUCAGAUGAGGAGAUGGAUUGUUCUGAUGACACAGGUUUGUCUUAACUUGUUAUUAUCAUUUAAAAUGCUCAACAGUUCUACGUGCGUUUAAAUUAAAUGAUUAUCGAAACAAUAAAAAUUACUUUAAUACGUUGAGUUUAAAACUAUGAAAAACAUAUCAUAUAUGGUUCACGCUAAAUUUGAAAGAAUGGAUGGUUAAACACUUUUAAAAUUUUUAUUGUGUUAUUAAGUAGAUUAAGACAACUGAUUAGUUAGCUUGCUCAAAUUACGAUUCGAUGCAACCGAAUGCUUCUGGAAGUUCAGAUAUUAAAUAGGGAUACAUUACAUAUUUAUAAACGCUUUAAGAUAUAUUUUAACUUUUGGAUCAUAUUUCUCACCAAAUUGUGAUAUUUUUGUUUUAAGAGUAUUAGGCCGAAAAUACACGGACCUCAACUUCGCGGCUGCGGAAAUUCGCAUACUGAAAAAUGUAUGAAUAUGUCAGUUUUGAAAAGAUUCUGUUGACAGUUUGUGUAUGGGUUUGACAGCACGCGUCCGCGAAAUUCCGGUCCGUGUAUUUUCGGCCUUAAGAGAGAGGUCUUGCAACCGAAAUUCAUAAGUAAAAAGAGCAUUCGAAUCUAAAUGUAUUAUUAACACUAUUAUUAGGUUUUUAGGAUAUUUGUCAAAGUAUGUUUUCUAAAAAAACAUAGGGUCUUAACAAUUUGAUUCCAUCCCAUUAUUCCUAUCGUUCCAUGUCUUAAGUUUCUAUUAUUCUAGGAACCGGAUUGCUGGUUCGGAUAUGACUGGGUGUCAACUGUAACACUGCUUCUAGACGACCCAAAAAAUCCAACAAUUUUUGGUGAUUCUUUCUAUGUGUCAAACCAUCCUUGUUUUAGCAUCAAUGUAUGGCCUACUUCGAUUGUAAUGUCGCGGGCGUUGCAUUUCUGUGAAAAACUUACCAACCCACGACAAUCACGGUUGCCUUUGAAUUUGUUGUAAAACUUUUACGUUUUUUAGAACAAUGCGGUCGCAGAAAAUUUGUUGCGGUAUAGAAGUUGGUUGUCUAGAAGCAGUGUAAAACGAAUAUUCUCUAAGCAGCAUGUGCAAUUUGGCAGCAUAGUUUAUUUGAGGUUUGCUUUAGAUCCUGAAAGUGAACGUGAAAUUUUGUUUUUUUGCUAUAUUUUAUUGAAUAUUUAUCAAAAUAUAGCUUAUUGUACACCAAAAGAAAGGAUAUUCAAUUUCCCUAGUAUUCAGUAUGUAAAACAUAUUGAAAUAAUGAAUCAAAUACAUUUUCUUAUGAUUCUCCGCUGACCACCGCAAACAAAGCGGGGAAUCGCAAGGAAAUGUAUUUAAUUCCAUUAUUUCAAUAUGUUAUACAGAAGGAAUAAAAUUCGGACUGUAAAUGACGGUCAAAAUCGAUCUCUCGCAAGUGGUCAAUUAGGUAAAGUUACUCAUACAAUGUAGUACUAUUCUUCUUCUUCUUUUGGCACAACUACCGCUGCCGGUCAA